GGUUUACGACCCGCCGUCUCAUAUAAAUUGCACCAGCCCUCUCGCCCCGAACCCUCUCACGCCGCCGCCGCAGCUGUCUUCGGUCUCCCGCUCUCCCCUUCGAGAAAUCAAGUCGCUGCUGCUGUAGUCCCCCCAAGCCGUCACCAUGCAGAACGAGGAGGGUAAGAUGGUGGACCUCUACGUCCCCAGGAAGUGCUCUGCCACUAACAGGAUCAUCAUCGCCAAGGACCAUGCCUCUGUCCAGAUCAACAUUGGUCACUUGGAUGAGAAUGGCCUGUACGAUGGUCACUUCACCACAUUUGCUCUCUCUGGAUUCGUCCGUGCUCAGGGUGACGCCGACAGCUCGUUGGACAGGCUGUGGCAGAAGAGGAAGGCUGAGAUCAAGCAGUAGAUCUUGCUCGUAGUUUCACCCUGAAUCGACUCUUGAGGGAUCCUUCCUUAGCUAUGUUUUGAUUUCAUGUCUCCAGACCAUUUGGAUGCAAUGCUGUGAUUUCAGUUGGUAUCUUACAUCUAAAGACUUAAUGAUCGUUUGUUGGGUUCCUUCUGAGUAUGAUGUGCCUUGGUAACAAUGUUGUCAAAUCAAAGUAUCUUAAUUCCCUUA